CGCGCGUCGCGGGGCUGAGGCGGAGGGAGGGGGUAAGAUGGCGGCGCCCGUCCUGCUGCGAGUGUCGGUGCCGCGCUGGGAGCGGGUGGCCCGCUCCGCCGUGUGCGCGGCCGGCAUCCUGCUCUCCCUCUACGCCUGCCACCUGGAGCGGGAGAAGGGCCGCGACCUCCACUACCAGGCCUUGUGCGACCUCAGCGAGCGGGUCCGCUGCUCCGCCGCCAUCACCUCCAGAUGGGGUCGAGGAUUCGGUCUAUUGGGUUCCAUCUUUGGAAAGGACAGUGCACUAAAUCAGUCAAACAGUGUUUUUGGACUCGUGUUUUAUAUACUACAAAUGCUACUUGGUAUGACAGCAAGUGCAGUAGCAGCUCUAAUCCUCAUGACAUCCUCCAUAGUGUCUGUAGUAGGGUCACUGUACUUGGCAUACAUUCUGUACUUCGUGCUGAAGGAAUUUUGCAUUGUCUGCGUCAUCACAUAUUUGCUGAACUUCAUUCUCUUUAUCAUCAACUACAAACGACUAGUUUAUUUGAACGAGGCCUGGAAACGGCAACUCCAACCCAAACAGGAAUAACGCCUGUUUGAACUCUUGACUGACAGUCUGAAGACCCAACUUCCAUUAAGUUUAUUUUGCAGUAACUUUUUAUUCUCCAUAUCAGACACUUUCCCUGAGAAUCAUAACUGAAUUUUUAAUUAUAAAUUUGAAGGGGCCCUAGAUAAUUUUUUUGUGCUAAUCUUCAAUUUAAAUGUGGUUAUGAAAGAAAGCUCUAAUACAAUCAAAGACAAGCUUUAACUUUACUUUGAAGGAGUUUUAGCCACAGCAAAACCUAGACUCUCUCUCUUCCCCCUCCACUUGUGAAGUGGGUAACACUUGCUAUAAAAUAUCCUGUAUAUAAAUUCAGGUAUAACAAGAUGUGAUCAUGACAUUAAAUAUUCUAGACUAGUAUUACCAUAUUUAAUGUUGCCAUGUUUACAGUAUGUGUAUUACUUUUUUUUUUUUUUAGCUGAUGGACUUAGAUUUGACUAGGACUUAUACUGUAAAUAAAAUUAGAAAUAUUGGUUUCAUCCCUGGAGAACUCACUGUACAAUCAGUUUCGUUAGCCUAGGAGCUGUCAGAGCGUUCUGCUGAUAGUCGACUGACGUGAUGGAAGAAGUGAUCUCUCUAGAGAACACCGUGUUGCUGCAUUAACUGCUAGUGCUUUCUCAAGAAUGAUGGUUAGGUUUUGUUCCAUGGUGGUUUUGUUUGGGUUUUUUUGUCUCCAGUAAUGAAAAUGGAAUUAAAGCUGAAACCUGAAGUAUGUUCAUGAAACCACAACUUCACUAAUUUCUGUACAGAAUGAAAAUAGCUUAAUGUGGUCACUAGGAAGCUGCCGCCAGGAUAUUAUAUGCAGAUUGGGGGUUGGUGUGUCCAAGAGUGCUCUUUGAAAGGACUUAAUUUCCAUGCAGAGCUGUUUCAUUUUUGAACUGCGGUCAGACAGCCAGUGUUACUAAUGUUUGAUGUUGUAUAAUUGCUGCAGUAUAAAAUGGCAUUUUGCAGUGGAAACCACUGACUGAGUGGGAUAACCAAGUAGUGCACUGAAGAAGCAGUUACUUAAUUGAUCUUCGUCAGGAUCUUUGGCUUGUGCUAUAUUGGGAAAUGAACUUUAGGCCUGACGCGCGUAAGAUCCCUUGGAAGGGAAACCUGUUUAGUGGGAUAAGUAAGUAAAUGCGCUCCCGAAAAUGAAAUGUGAUAUAGCGCUAUCAUUGCUCUCUCUAAUAACUAUAAUUGGAAAAAAAAAUUAAACUGCAGAUUUAAACCAAGGAACAAAAUUGUAAAUGUUGUUUCUGCACUCAGUAUUCUAAGGCUGAAUAUUAGAAGUGCCUUCUGUCUUAAAAUCUUAAACCAAAUACUUUGUGUUGAACUUGGCAGGCAGAAGUGUCCUUGCUUUAAAAAUGAACAAACAAACAAACAAAAUUCCCAGCAAAAUUGCUGGGGAUAGAAAAGUAUUAAGAGAUCUAUUUUAGUUUUUAGACCGAGAAGUGGUAGCAAUAUUGUUUCAGUUGAAUCAACGUGAUAGAAGGCUGACGGUGUGAUUCCGAAAAAGUAAAAUACUUGUGUUUCAGACUCUGUGACACCAAAAUGUGUAGGUUCAGCUACUUUCUGUAAUUGGUGCUGUGCUGCUUUUUGCCCUUGUCAGCUUCUAAAUAUGAAGAAUUCCAACUGCGUACCCAUUUAUUUAAAGAAUUAGUUUAACUUAAUUUUAGGAUUUUUUUCUUAAACAUGAAUGUCAGAGAGACACUUAUGUUGUAUGGCUAAGUGGAUUAUAAACACUAAAUUGCUGAGGAUAAACUUGACUGUGAAACAUGCAGUGUUCCGUAGAGAAAAUAGAAUUUUUAGAUUGAAUUCACAAAAUAGUAUUUAAAUUACUACUGAAGUAAUUCCCUGGUUUGUAUCAAGGAUGUAGGUGGAAACUGCUUUUAUGUAUAGAGUUCUGUGGUAUGACUAACAGACAUCUGUUGCAUGUAACACUAAAUUACUUGUCCCUCUUGUCUAACAGUUUUAGACAACAAUUCAUUAAAUGCGUUUUGUAUUGACCGGAGUAUAGUUAAAGCUUGUCUUGAUGUUUAGUUCUGUCUCUCAAAUGCCUUGAACUUUGAUAUGAGGGGAGUGAAUGAUGUUCAACUGGUCCCUCAAGGCUUCGCUUUGUUCUCUUGCAAGCCCUGAGGCAAUAUCACUGUUUAAUAUGUUGAAUAGAUUUCUUUUGAUGCAUUCCUGUGAUCUACACUAAAGGCGUCUUUUCAUCCAAGGAAGAGGUGAACACGUGCUGCCUGAAAUGGUUAGUCGCAGUGCUAAUAUCUCAGAACAAGCAGCAGUGGAGACAAGUAUAAUCAAUGAUUACUUGGUCCAAUUUCUGGGUGUACUACACCAAGAAAAAGAGAAAAAAAAAAAGGAAAAAAGCCCCAUCAGCUGAAAGUCUAGGUGUUGACUAACUUCACUGUGUCUUGUGCUUGUCUGUGUGGGCAUAGUCUGUUAAUUCAGUUUGUUUAGUAAAAUUGUUUAGGGCCAGAUUUUGAGCAGUCGUGUCUGCAGUCCUUGUUUGUGUGCACUUAGGGAUCAAAUGGAAAUUGAGUUUGGUCUCUGGAAGAAUUUGCAGCUACACUUCGUGCACGAUCUUGCAAAUCUGAUCCUUAAUUGUGAACUCUCUUGUCUUGUGUGCUUUUCUUGCAGUUACUUUUUACUGGAAGUGAUUUGCUAGAAGUGGCCCUAACUCUUCUACUUUCUCUCUUGUGCUUCAGAAAUGCAGUUGGCCUGAAUAAAGGGCAAAAUAAUGUUAGUAGUAGAAAUUUGGACCUUUUUGCUUCCAGUUCUUUGACUCUUUCCUCGUUGCUCUCAAUGAUAGAAACAGCAUAUUUCUUCCAGUAAAAUGGCUCAGGUUAAAAUUAGCGAUGUGAUGGAGAUCUGACGAGUGCUUCAUGCAACUGCCCCCCUGCCUGUCCCCCAUCCGAAACAAAUGUUGUGGCAAAUAUGUGCUCGGUAUUACUUUGAGCCUUAUGCAUCUGUAGGCACAAAUUCUGAGAAAUCUUGAGGGUACAAGAUUAUGGGUAAAAAAGCUAAUCAAUAAUACCUGCUCUGGCAGAGAGACAGGGGGACAGCAGCAUCAUUACACAGAUUCUGGUUGUGGUCUCAACAAUGAGAACGGAGGGGAAAAAAAUAAUAAUCUGUAAAUGGUGGUUCUGAAUUUGGGCUUUCCCCCCCCUCCCCCUCCCGGCUCUCAGAAGUCCUGCAGGGAGAGGCCCAUUGGAAAGGCAAAAGAACCUCAUCCCAAAACCUGCUUAGGAAUCAAACAUUCCCCAAAUCCUCUUACUGUAAGGUACUUGCUACUCUUAAGGCCAACGAAGCAUUCAAGUCUUGUUUAGGAAAUGAAUGUUCUUGGAAGUUUCUUACUGUAAAGUGUUUGUGAAGCUAAGGCCAAUGAAACAUUCCCUGCCACCUCUGAUCUCUAAUGUGACAGCAGAUCUCUCUUACGAGGAGAUUUCUGCAUACCGUAGUAUGCAUUUGUCUUCUGCUGUACAGUCUCUCGAUUCUCCAGAAGGAUUGGCGAGGUGCUUCAGGCAGCACUUGAUGCUCCUAAUUUAUAUGGGCUAAAGUCAAAGAGAGAUCCAAUAGCUUUGGUUUUGCCAAUGUUGUUUAAAGGUGAUCUAGACAAAGCUGGUCCAGAAAAGAUGAAGUAUUCUGUUACCAUAAAACUGUAUUAAGCAUGGCCUAAAUAUUAGGUGUUUGUUCUGUAUAAUAUGUUCCAUCAACUAUUUAUUACUAGUGCUUUAAACUCCAAAUUAAACAUCCAUUUAAAUGGAGUCAUUGGGCAGAUGUUCCUUUUAUCAAUAUAGGUUGAGAGAUUCUCUAUUGGAGGUUUAGGAUACAAUUUUGCUAACAGGUAAAACAAUGUAAAUAUGUACGAAUUCUAUUUGUUGCACAUAACUUUUUUGGUAUAAAAAAAUAAAUGUAGAAAUUACCUGUGGACGUCUUGCUGCAAUCAUUCUUAUGCUGCAUUCAUGCAGUUGAAACAUAAGAGCUUGAAUGAACCCAAUCAGAGGCCUUUUUGGACUCAGUCUGAGCCUUAGAAACUGUUUUUAAAGUCAGUACUGUAAUUCUGUUUCUAGAAAUGUACUAAGUUGUGAUUUUUAUUUUUUUUUUUCAAAGACAUUGUGUAUUAGCAGUAGAAGGGUUAAAGCACCUGGGUCCCCAGAGAUACCAGUUUAUAGAAUUUCUGCAGCUUCAUCGUGUCUUGCUGAAUGUUGUGUGCACAUGGGUGUGUAAAGGUUGAGCAGCAUUGGCUUGAGGCUUUAACUGUUUACAGUUCUUGAAGCAACAUGCACAAAAAAAACUGUUAAGUAUGUUAUUUUUAUCGCUUCAUGCUUUCCUUGGUUCUGUAGGUGUGCUUUAACUGCACUCUGACAAGAUCACAAAGUAUCUGGCAACUGCUGUGUGUUUUCCUGGAUUUGGGGGGGGAGGGAGGGGGCUUUGGGGAAGGGCUGGAUAAGGCGGGUUGUGUUUACAAUUGCACUGAGCUGUUGAGAACAAGCAGGAGCUACGACUCCGAAAUGUGCUGAAGCGUGUGCUUACCAUACAUGUGGAUAUUCAACUUUGCAUCUGUCUUGUUGGACUGAACUAAAGUAAUAGCUUUCUCUUCUGCAACCGCAAGCGCUGUGCGUUAUCCCAGGGAUCUGAGCCCCAGUCUGUAACGCGUUAACAAUGUCAAAUCUUUAUCUGUAUUUUGAUGUGGCAGCUGUUGGUACGUCAUGUCUGUUGAAAUGGGGAAGAAGACGGUUUAAAAAAAUUUAUGUCUAGAGAUCGAGAAGUUGAAAUUGCUUUCAAACACUAGCAGUGGGCUUAAAUAUGGCAUUCACUCUUACACCAUGGUACACUUGAGCAAGCGUCUUCUUACUACGGAUAGAUGUUUACACUCUGGGUUUUUAGUUAUAUAGAAAAUCUGUAGACCUAAGGUGGUAUAACCAUAAAGAAUAUUGAUAGUAUGUUUCUUCUUUUCCCUUAAAAACGCAAGAGAAAUUGAAAUCUGCAGUGAACGUGUAUGUCCUUAUUCUGCCUGUGGCAAUGUGGAAGGUGGUGUUGGUUUCUAAUGUACCACAUCUAAAGGAAAGGGAAUUCGGCCAAGACACAACAUAAGAGCAAAUAUUUUCUUUAUACUGGCAGAUGUUUUGGUCCUUUUCUUGAGGUACUAGCAGAAGAGCCAGUUGCAGGAAAAAUAGUCAGAGCAACAGUUUCACACAGUUAUCUGUGAAUUGGAAUAAUGAAACUACGUAAUUGUGCCAACUUCCAAAAUUCAGUAGGCAGCCUCCAAUCUUGUAGUUCUGCUACGGGUGACGCUGCUCUUGGGACCACGCUGGGAUGUUGCAAUAAGAAGGUUGCAGACUAAGUCUGCUGAGCUCUUCUGUGGGUAUUGGCAGAAUCUAGCACAGCCUAAAGCCUGGCCUUUAGAGUCCUCUAAGACUGGUGUGCCGCAUGAAAGGGAUGUUACUACACUACAUCACUGUCUAAAGUAGUGCGUGCACAUUAAUUUACACAUCACCCUACCCCAGGAUGCUUCAGGCCAGUAUCAAAAAGGUUUAGAUCAAACUUACUCUCUAGACUACUGUUACUGUAGUGCAUAGCGACAAUUGAAUAUGAAGGAAGCCCUUCCGUGCUGGAAGGUAAAACCGUAUCUAAUAGCGACAGUUCUGGUACUGUGAUUAAAAUAAAUAGUUUUAAACAAAGUUCAGUUGAUGUAGUACCUACUUAUCUAAAAUAUUCCACCUUGCUGCUGUAGUAAGAAUUCCAUGCUGUAUUGGAGUGCGUUGGAUAUCCUCACAGAAGUGGUGGUUCAUACACUUCCUGAAUGCUGUGAAUUCUCAGGAUUUCUCAGCCAGCCACGUACUUUCUGUCCAGCCAGAGAAGCUAUUUAAAUUGUUCUCGUCCGUUAAUCCUGUGGACAAUUUGCUGUGAUCUGAGUAGCGUUAACUGUUAGGGGAGUAUAACUGGAAAACCUCAUUUGCAUUGGAAGGAUGUGAUGUUCAUUUAGAGUAACUGGGAUUUUUUUUUUUUUAAGUCUUCAGCAUUGAUUUGUAUCAUGUAAUUUAUUUUAAUUCAUUUUUGCCAUAAACAGAUACCUCAGUCAGGAUCUCUAACUUCAGUUCCUUGAAACUCUGAAUAUUCAUUUUAGUACCUGGAAACAGGAAGCCUACAGACAUGGCUAAGCGUAGGAAACUAGUGUUUCUGAUCUGCUUUGUAUCAUAGUCACUAAUUCAGAUGGACUAGAAAUUGCAGUAGACUUGCAAGACUUGAGACAGGCAUAAGUAUUAUUUAAACAGAAAUUUAAUGAACAAGUUCAGUAUAGCACCCAGCCGCUAUACCUUUUGAUUUCACUUUAGAAAGAGGGAAUGUGAUUUUAUUAUAGGAGGAAGACAGCUUGAUUCAUUUGCAAUCUUCCAGUAUCUUUCUCUAAGAACAAAUGCAGCUGAUUUGGGCUGUCGUUGGCGGGUAAAUAUUCCUUUCUUGUUCCCCAAGACACGUGUGGUCCCUGCAGAGAAGUUAUAAAAUAAAGCAAGUAUAUAUAAAAUGCUCUUAUAUCCCCAGCUGUGAACUGUUAUGAUGUACAUGCUAAUCAGGUUAGGUGGAAGAGACCUAUGCACUUUCUUCUACACAUAGUCAGGUACAACAGGGAACUUGGCAAAUGUAACUUGCGUUAUCUUGGCAAGAUUAAUUGAUGUAACUGAGCAAUAUAGCUGCAAUUCAUUGUAUUUACAACUGGUAAGUUGAUGACAGUUCAGGUGUGCCCAUUAACUUGAUCAGUAUUAUAUUUACAGCAGAUGUUUCUUCUGCCAUUAGUUCCACUUUGAAAUUUGAUGGUGAAAAUGUUGAUUACUAACCGUUUGCCUGUACUGUCCUUUAGUGGUGUCCAUAUCCUUUUUGCCUAUUUUAGUUUUGAUAGGAAACUAGAGAAGAAGAUCGCAACAUGUAGAGAGACUGGAACUACAUAUGUGUAUAUGAACCUGUCUACAUUUUCUCCAUCGUCCUAUUUGAAAUCGAUACUACUUUUCUGACCGCUUCUCUACGAUGACUUAGUUUUCUAAUACCUAUAUUGGUGCUCUACAGAUUAUUCUUAAUGGUGUUUCUCUGCCUGAAAUUAACACUGACUGUUCACCACCCUAACUCACGGCAGGUGGCAUAUGCAUAACUGGUUCCUUACUAGGUCUCCUUUGAGUUGUAAUUGUUUUAAUUUCUGUGUGACUGUCUGCACUGUAGAUUAAGUAAUGCUCCAUACUUUGCAAAUGCACUUAUCAUUUAUUAAUAGUGGAUGGAGCAUCAUGAUAGACAGUCGUCUACCAGUGUGGCAUCAGGUCCUCUCUUGCUAAACCUCUACCAAGUUAAUAAUACGUUAUUUAAGGUGCUGUGUUACUAAGGGCAGUUGUAGAUGAAAUACGAAGCGAGUGAGACACAUCCCUAACAGCUGACUGAAGCUCUGAAUUGAGGAUGGCCAAGAAAUAAAGUCAUCUGGGUUUGCUCACAAGCUUCCCUGGCAUUCCGCCCUAGUGCGUUGUCUCAUGUUCUGGGGAACAUCUUUGCAGGUGGGACAUCUAGGAGCUCAAGCUGGAGAGAGGGGACUCAUUAAGUACAGGCAGGACCUUUCCUCUUGCUUCGCUCAUGCCGGACUUUGUCACAGAAACCAGCUGCGCUCUGUCUUGGUAAGCAGAGGGCCCUUUUCUCCUACCCUACAGCGCAAUAUUCUUUGUGUGUCAUAAACCAUUUUAAACUUGCAGGGAGGAUGGAGAGUUGGUUAGAAUAUAAAUAUAAGCUUACCUUGAUUAGUCAUGAAAUCAGCAAAAUUCCAUAUGAGCUCCCCAAUCACGUACUCUUUCCUCUUUUUGUCAAAAAUGGAAUGGUACUCUCUUAGCAUAGCUUUCUGAUACUCCUCGCUGAACAUAAGAGGUGGAUCCUACAGCCAGGAAAAAGAGGUGGCCUUGAAUUAAGGUGACAGUUAAUCUCAGCAAAGGCUCGGUAUGUUCACUUCCUAGUUAUUGGGGACCUGCUUUAGGAUUGCUUGGUCUUUUCAUUGCCGCUGCAUUAACAAUGGCUGUCUAGUGAUGAAUAGCAACUACUGACGUUACAAUGGGAGACGCACAUAAAGUACAAACAUAAUGCCAGAUAUAUUUUGGGGGAGUUUGUGGUGUUGCUUGGUAAUGGUGCUUUACCAUGACAGGUAUAGACAGGAGUGCCACCCCCUUCUAUGCAGGACAGCAUCAUGAAAUGGAUGUUUGCUCUCCAGUGUUGUAUCUUCCCAUUAAGUGUUGUCUGCAAAUGCCGAAGUACAGAUUUCACAGUGCUCAGAGCUAAAAACUUCUCUUUAGGUAGAAUCUAACCUUUGGUAGUCAGUGGCAAAGCUCAUUCGUUUCAGUGUAGCAGGAUUACAAUCCUGGAGUAUUUCAGACACUCACAAGCUACUGCAGCUCAAAACUAAGGAGUCAGGCUCAACCUCUUCUACUUAAAUUUUACUGACCCUAUAAGAAGAGCAGUGCUUUUUUCCAUCUAGGGCAUCUAUAACACUUACGCUGUGAAGUCCAGGAACCGAGUCUGCUCCAUAUUCACUCUGGAUAAUGGGUUUUUGGUAGGUUUUAUACCAGUUCUCAAACUGUGUUGUGAGUUGUAGUGGAAUAACUUCCAGGUGGCCUGGGUCGUGAUACCAGGAGAAGUAGCUAUUUACACAAAUGACAUCCACAUAAGGAGCCUACAGAAAACAAGGGGAGAGUGUUUUGUCACAGGGCUCAGGGUAGACAACCUUCACUCAUAAAGCUAAAUCCGCCUUUUGGUUUAUUUCAUGGAAUGCAGUUUCAUUACACAAUAGAGUCUUCCCCCACUGCUCAGGCCCUCCCAACGUGACGUUUUUUCCCAUGAAAAAAAGCAAGAUAAUAAGCUAAUAGUGCAUAAAUUUGGCGUUUUUCAUACAGAUGUAGGGAGUCAAAGAGUUAAACGAGAUCAACCCAUUUCAUCCUCAGGUUUGUUAGAAGUUUUUGAGUUUCCAAGAUGUCUCUGGCUUGCUGGUACAUUUAGAUGUACUUUUUGAGUAUUGGAAUGUGAUUAUCAAGUUAGUGGUCAAAUAUUUUGACUAGCAACUAAAUUUGUGCAUCAGUGGUGCAAUACUAAGACUAAGCAUUCUGCAAGUUAUAUGCCAUUUCUACCACAUGGACAGUAUGAUAAAAGGGCACAAAGCCCACUAAAGAUAAAGUGAUGUUGUAUGUAACUUGUUCAAUGUUCUCUUAACAUGUUUUGUAAUAAAAGGAAAAAAAAGUUCUAAUAUCA